AUGUCUACUAAUACUGUAAUAGUCACCAAUAAAAGUUCGAUUGAUCCAUCUCUAUCAGUUACAACAGAUGACAACGUUUUAAGAUUGGUCCAUUGGCUAAAUGAGACAAUACUAUUAAAAUUUCAAGUUGAAGUAUCAAACCCAAUACAAUUGAUUAAAAUCCAUAGCUUUAAAAGACUAAUCUUAGUAUGUCCGUCGAGAUUAAUUGCAAAAGAUUUAGUUACCACAGGAUCAAUUCAUUUUGACCAUUGGUCUUUUAAUUUCUCUCUAACUGAUACCAUUACAAAUAUAACUAAAGAUUAUUUAAAAGUACCAAAAAGUGAUAAAAUGUUUCUAGUAUCACCACCAACUUCACCACCUCCUGGCUUUGACUACUCUAGAUGUGAAGAUCAACCAAAUACCAAUGUAUUACAUGUUUCUGAAACUUCAACUAGUUAUAACAACCUUAAUAUCAAUAACGAUAAUAACAAUCUUGUCAGUAGUAAUGUUGGAUCAAUAGUUUUAGAAAGAAGAGCAAGUUAUGUGAUAUUUGAUCAAGACGAUGACAAAGAUAUACAAGAAUUUAAAACUGCAAUGCCACCACGAUCUGUAUUCGAUGAUGAUAGUGACAUUGAACUUGAAUAA